CGCUUGACGAAAACGUACGUGUUACUUUGAGCACUUUGUUGACGACGAUUUGUAGGAUUUGUUUUCUUUUGAAACGACACUCUCUGUCCAAUGAAAGUGGUGUAACUUGGUGGCAAAAUGGUCUUCAAAAGAUCAGAAUAUGGACGGGUGUUUAAGACCCAAAAUCAUGUUAUAAACAUACCCACAUACUAUGACAACCUUACUUACCGAAAUCAGCGUAGAGAACUAGAAUAUGCUCACACAUCUAUAGCAUGGGUUGAUUCUGACAGUAAUGAUGAAACGGCUGAAAAGGAAAUUUCUAAGGAAGAAAAAGCAUCACCUAUCAAAGAAACAGAAGUAACAGAAUCAACAAAUGUUGUACUUCCUGUCUCAGACAAAGAACAGAAGGAAUCUGAAGAAAAGACAGAGAAACAGCAAAUUAAAGAACCUACCAAAGAAAACAAAGGAGAUGUUAAAAUUCAAAGUCAGUCACAAGAAGAGGUACAACUAAGGAAAGCUGCAAAGGAAAAACUUGUCAAGUACACAUGUAAAGAAAAUAUUGAUGUACCUGGACAUCAAACUAGAAAUGUUCCCAAGAAAGCACAAGAAGAAAAGAGGCAUGAAAGGUCCAGUUUUAAUCUUCGACCAAAGAAAGUUGAUGAUAAGACAUUUGUCAACAAAGCUAAGAUUCCAGUACAGCCUCGAGUUUCAAAGUCAGCAUCAGGUGCCCGCCCAAAGUCUGCCCCCUCCGUCAGACAGUCAGAGCAAGCCAGACCAAGACCACCAUUCCUGCCCUAUGGAUGUGGUGACACAGAGAGGGUGACAGGAACACAGAGAAGCCAUAAUGUUCUUGCCUCAACAGACGUGUAUCCAGCAGCAUUGAAAGCUCACAAAAAACAAGUGGAAGAAGCAGUACGACGCAAAGAUGCAAAUGUGAAAGCUGCAAAAGAAGCCAAGAAGAGGAAACAGUUAUUCAGGGAUAAAAUGCUGCGUGAUGCAGCGUUCUGGAAAUCUGAAUAUGGUUUCAGGUAUCCUGCUCAUCCAACAACAGAAUAUGCCAAGAGCUGUGAGAAACCUAAACGUUGCAGAAGUGCAUUUGGACUUGUGUGAAGAUUUCCCAGGUUUUUUUUCUGUAGAUUAGAAAACAUUGCUAGAAAAAGGUAGAGAGGGAUGUUCUGUAUGAUAGCAACUGGUUACUGACUGAAGAACACUUACAAAACCUUUUUUUUUCAUUUUGAUGUUAAGAUUGGACAAAUUCUUAAUUUUGUGUACAUUUCAGCAAUUCAUAUUUUAGUGUCAUUUUAACAGAGGGUUUACAUACAGAGAUCUAUUUUAUAUAAAAAAAAAUACGUGUAAACAUUUUAGGUGAAGAAGUUACAUGGACAUGUUACAUGUUUUGAAUAUUUAUAUACAUUUGUUUGAAUGAAUGUAUGUAUAUUUUAGUCAGAUCUGUCUGUGAUAUUAUCUGUUUUGUCUUGUUCCAUUGAAAAUUUGUGUUGCUGUGAAAAACUAUGUACAAAAAUGUAUGUACAAGUAUGAUUUGUUAGUAUGUUCAUAUGUCUGUAAGUGUUUAUGCAAAUGAGUGUUUGCCCCAAAAGUUUUACCUCAGUUUCACAUAUGUACACGUAGGUGCAUGUCAUGAGGUACAUGUGUGAAGGAAUGUCUUCAAGGUCUCUAUACCCUAUAAAGGUCAAGGUCAUGACAAGAGGUCAACAUUCAAGUCAUUUUAAGCUUAUGACCCAUAGUAUUUAACCCCAAAUAUAGUUAUCAAUUUCUAUGAUGUGCAUAACAGGAGUCGCAUAUCUAGAUAAAUAAGAGAUGUUCCAGUGUUGAUAAUACAUGUAUGGACAUACAUUAGGUUAUGAGUAUGAUUGAAGUAAAAUACAUUUUUCAAGGUAUUUUUGACACUAAUUGGUGUCUUUAUCAUAGUAUAAAGCUUUUAAGCUAUAAUACAUUUUUUACUCAUUUUAUUCUGGUUGUCAUGGAGAUAUGCUCUUCAGAUUAAAAAGCAAACUAUUUGUGUUGUUUCGCUAUGAAUGGUAGAGUUGCUGGUAAAUGUUUUUGUAUGUUCUGUGAAGAUUGAUGACAUAGGCUGACAUUUUUUCAGUUUUAUUAGAGGCUAAGCUGUUAGUUAAAUAGUUAUAGACAAAUACCCAGUAGUUUAUGGUACUGUACAUGUUAUGAUAAAUAUUUAUUUUAAGGAGUUAGAAACCACUCAUAUUUUCUAUAUACCUGUAAAAUUUCAGCAUUUUUUUUUUGCAACAAAAUACAUUACUUGUAUCUGUGUACUACAAUCCACAGGGACUUACUGUCCAUAUAUAGACAGUAUAUAUGUACAAUACUACUUUAAUAUACAUUGAUAUGCACAGUGGGUUGGGAAUUUGUGCCGUAAUUAAAAUACAGAUCAUUAGAUAGUAUGUCAUAACACAGUGUAUAAUGAUGAUCUGUAUUUUAAUCAGAUUGCGUAUAUAAUAUUAUCAUUUUAUAUACACAAAGUAAUGUAAAAUUCUAAAUGCUUUAAUGUAAAUGAUCAUUUUGCUGUAAAAUGUAACUGUCAUAUGUUUGUCAAGAUGAGUGUAGAUAAAUACUCAUAAACAGUUUACCCGAAACUUGAUGUUGUAAAGGGAUGACCUCAUCCUUAGUAAACCAAGUGUUACCAUCACAUGUUGUAACUGAUGGAUCAGAGUAUUGAGGACAAGAUGACCUGUCACGAUAUAUUAAACUGCUACAGGUUUAUUUACUGUUGUAAGGUUUAAAAUGACAAACAUCCAGAACACUUAGCCAUAUAGAAAUGGAUAUAAAAAUAUACCAAAAAUGAGUAUGAAAAUGAUUUAAAACUCUACUUGCAGUUAUGGGUUUAAACUGUUGCCAUCUAAUAUUAGAGAUUAUUUAUUUACUGUUAGAUAAAACUGUAUAAUAAUACAUGUAUGUACUUCACAAUGCAGCUAUUUUAAUGCUAUCACUGGGUACAAUAAAAUCAUUAUACAAUAUAA